AAUCUAUUGGCUAUGGCCUGCUCCAUGGAUGUAUUGCCGUUGCCACCAUCUUGUAAUUGACGUUUGGAGGGAACUGUGUCUCACGACCCAUUAAAUACGUCAAUAUUAUCUUUCUAAUGGACAUGUGAGCUGGAUAUUUAUCUGAUUGUUGAGUAGUGGUGAUUCCUGGAUUAUUUGUGGUUAUCUAAUUGAUGGUGUUAUGGAGUGAUUCCUGGGGAUGUAGCCGAAAAUACGUGGCGAAGGGGGACGGAAAAUAAAGUAAUGGUUUUUCUAUUGUUCACCGAUUCAGUGCAGGAAGACUUGGUUAUUGCGCAACUCCAAGUUUCCCCACUUAUUUUUCAUCGAGAAGUAAAGUGACUCAAUUCGGGUGUUAUAUUUCUCGUACAAGUGAUUCUAGUAAUAUAGGUUCUGAAAAAUGGCACGUACCAAGCAAACAGCUCGUAAAUCAACUGGAGGAAAGGCUCCUCGUAAGCAGUUGGCUACAAAAGCUGCACGUAAGAGUGCACCAUCCACUGGUGGUGUCAAGAAGCCUCAUCGUUACAGGCCUGGUACAGUAGCACUUCGUGAGAUCAGGAGAUACCAGAAAUCGACCGAGUUGCUCAUUAGAAAAUUGCCAUUCCAACGAUUGGUUCGUGAAAUUGCACAGGAUUUCAAGACAGAUUUACGUUUCCAGAGUGCAGCCAUUGGUGCACUUCAGGAAGCCUCCGAAGCUUACCUUGUUGGUCUAUUCGAAGAUACCAACUUGUGUGCAAUUCAUGCCAAACGUGUCACCAUUAUGCCCAAGGAUAUUCAGCUGGCUCGGCGAAUUCGUGGAGAGCGCGCUUAAAUAGCAUUAUCUUUCAUCAUCAUAUGCAUACCCUUUAUUCUUAACGUAAGGAUAAUGGCAAUUCAUCGUGAUUCAUGAAUUCAUAUUAUUUUUUAUAUAUUUUCUCAUUCCAAUUUUAGGCCUCGAUUUAUGUAAAAAUUCACCAGUUGGUGACGCUCUGUGACCUUAUCCUUCGUAACAAAAUAUUUUAAUGUUAACUUCAGUCUCAUCAUUAAUUGGAAUUUUACUACCAAAUGUAGAUCUGUGUUGGCUUGUUUUAUAUCAACGAUGAAUAUAGCUAUCUACUGUCAUUAAAAUCAUCAUAAUUGUAUUGAAAGACAUGCGCAUAUCCCAGCGGUGUCGUAGGCAAUAAGAAAAUAAUCAUUCAGAAAUACCGAAAAUUUAAACUUCAAUACAAUAUAUCCACGAAUUUCGACCGCAUCCACUUUUAAUAAAUUAUGUAGAUUAUAUUUCGAUAUUUCAUAAUCCAUUGUGUGAAAAAAAGUUUCAUAAAUAAAUUUGCUGAAUGUAAA